GCGAGAAGUACUGAGAAGCAAACACGUGAAGAUGGUUCGCGUCUGCAUUUUUCUGAAAUGCCAAAAUAAAAUGAUGAGAGCCACACCGUUCAGUUUUCAUCGACUGCCAUUGUACGAUAAAAAGAGACUCACUUUGUGGCUGCGUGUUUUACAAAUGGACCCAACAUGAGUAUCAAUGAGUGAGGCGGACCAUCGUGUGUGUAGUGAACAUUUCGACAGGGAUGAAAGCACCAAAACACUGCUAUCUGAAGUCCACAGCUGUUCCCAGAGACAGUAAAGCCGGAGUGACAGCGACGACUAUCGGGUCUGCAGUGACCAUUUUGAACGGGAUGACUACUGCCAGCCAAAGAAGAGAAGAAAUCCUAUACCAAAGCACUUUUUCCUAAAGAAAAAUGCUGUUCCAAGAGUGGAGAGACCCGCUGCAGACACGGUGGAGCUGCAAGACAACCAGGCAGUGAUGGACAGACCACGAGGCCAGAGCAGAAGCAUAGGUAUUCAAGUAAAUACACCUGAGACGUGCGCUGCGACCAUUGAGAAACCAGCUCCACAGUACAUCGUUGAUGAGGAGGCCAUCAUGCAGCUGAUGAAGACCUGUCCGAUGUGCGACAGACAGUGCCGCUGUUCCAAACACACUCGUGGUCCUUAUUUCAUAGUCUAUCAGAACUGUUACUUCUGCGAUUUUCAACGCAAGUGGGCCAGCCAGCCUGAAGCUCUAAAUGCAAACGCUUAUAAAGCAUACAUACCGUCCAGGAAGAAACUGAAGUCAAAUGACACAGUUACUGUAGAGACUGAGGCUCAGUCAUCACAACGUAAUAAGACAAACAUUUCUGAAUCCAACCAGCCGUUAAAGAGCUGUGUAACAGCCUCAACGCUGUCUUUAGAUAUUAUUGAUGUACAUAAAUAAAUGAGAUCUGGGCUUGA